UUAGAUUUGUGUAACAAUGGCAAGUGAAGUAGUUUUACUGCAUUUGUUGCAUAGUCCUUUUGCAACGAGAGUGAGGAUAGCUUUGGCAGAGAAAGAAGUUGAGUUUGAAUCAAGAGAAGAAGAUUUGAGCAACAAGAGUCCUUUGCUUCUUAAAAUGAACCCUGUGAAUAAGCAAAUCCCAGUUUUGAUUCAUAAGGGCAAACCCAUUUGUGAAUCUCUCAUCAUAGUUGAGUACAUCGACGAGGUUUGGAAUCAUAAAUCUCCAUUGCUGCCUUCUCAUCCUUACCUCCGAGCUCAUGCUAGAUUUUGGGGUGAUUACAUCGACAAGAAGAUCUAUCCUAUAGGAAGGAUGUUGUGGGCAUCAUCGGAUCAUGAAGUGAAGGAAGCAUCAAAGAAGGAACUCAUAGAGAUCUUCAAAGUGCUGGAAGGAGAGCUUGGAGAUAAGCCUUAUUAUGGGGGCGACACCUUCGGCUUUGUAGAUGUGGCCCUCAUUCCCUACUACGCUUUUUUUCAUACAUUUGAGAUGCUGGGAAACUUCAGCUUUGAAGCUGAGUUUCCAAAGCUUGUCUCUUGGGCUAAGAGAUGCAUGCAAAAAACCAGUGUUUCCAAGUCUCUAUGUGACCAACACAAGGUUUAUGAAGUUGUUUUGGAGCUCAAAAAGAAGUUGGUGGUUGAAUAA